AUGUCAGAAAAAGUUGAUAACGAGGAAUUGAGAUAUUUCUUGUCAUUCGGAAUUGGCAUUCAUCAUAAUUCAUUAACGGAUAAAGACAAGAAGAUUGUUGAAGGUUUGUUUAGAAGAGGACAAUUAAGGCUUCUUAUUGCUCCUGUUUCUUUUGCUUGGGGUAAGUUUUUACCUGCAAAAUUCGUUGUCAUAAAAGGAACAGAAUAUUUCGAUACAAAAACAAACCAAUACGUUCCUUAUCCAAUCCAAGACAUGCAGCAGAUGAUGGCAAGAGCAGGAAGACCUUAUUUGGAUCAAGAAGGUUUGUUAAUGAUCUAUUGCGAAGAAAGUAGAAAAGAAUUCUUGCAGAAUUUCGUUUAUUCUCCUGUUCCAAUUGAAUCUUCAUUACCUAGUGUAUUAUUAGAAGUUAUCAAUGCAGAAGUAAGCAGCAGAAACAUCAGAUCUUUCAAUGGAAUGAUGUCUUUCUUGCACAGAUCUUUUCUUUUCAUCAGAGUUAACCAGAAUCCGAAAUAUUACAUGAAAAACUUGGAUGAAAUCGCUAAUGAAAUCGUUGAUAAACUUAUCAGAUAUGAGUGUGUCUCAAUCAAUCAUGAAGGAAAAUUAAAACCAACACAAUUAGGAAGAAUUGCUGCUCUUUAUGGUGUUUCUCCUUCAAUUGUCCAUAAUUUCUUUGAGAAAACAAAUGACGCAAUGUCAAUUGAUUUGUUACUUAAAAGCAUCUGUAAUUCAGCAGAUUUAUCUGAAGUUCCUAUCAGAUUUGGUGAAGACAAGAUAUUGAGUGAAAUGACACCGAGAUAUGAAUAUCACGAACCUUUGACUUCUGCUGCUGCAAAAGCAUUUUUCAUUUUGAACUAUUACUUUUCAAACAGAAGAAUGCCGAACCAAGAUUUCGAAGCUGACAAAGCCGUGAUACUCAAACAGACUCUCAAAAUAGCUAAAUGUUUCAGCGAAAUCUGUUGCGUCAAAGGAUUAGCAAAUGAAACAUUAAACUGUUUGGGAAUUGUUCAAAUGAUUAAUUUCGGUUUGUGGAAUGAUUCAAAUCCACUUUUAGUACUGACAAACGAAGCCUUUGACUUCAAAUACAUUCACGAAGUCAUGUUCACGAAACAGAGAUUGCCAAAGAUCUUGAAUGAACUCAGAAACAAUUUCUGUCUCUACAAGAAAACACAGAUAUUGUUGGAUAGAACAAGAACUGCAAUUAGAAUUGAACUUGAAAAAGUGUCAGGAACAACAGGAUCCCAAAUUUUCAACAAGAAUUUGGAGAAUCAAAACACAAUGCAGGCAUUGCAUGUGUUAGUUGUUGGCAUCAAAUCAGGAAAACUCUAUUGCCACGACAGAGUUGUCUGCGACAAAGAAAAUUUGAUCGUAGAAAUGCCAAGUAUGUCAACAAUUCCAAAAAGUGACAUCUGGAUUUAUUUGAUUCCAGAAGGAAUGGUUGGCAUGGAUCAAAUGGUUCCUUUGGUUGCACUCGAUCUCGAUCACUUGAGAAGAGUCACAAAGGAGUCACUUCACAUUUCUAAACCGCCAGCUCCUGUCAAAUUAGGAGCUCCACCACGAAAACCAAUUCAACAAAAGAAGAACGAUGAAGAUAUUGAUUUCGGAGUUAACGAACUCGAAUUCAAUGAAGCGAAUGUUUUCGAAGAAGUCGUGAAAUGGGAAGACAGAGUUUUCGGAAAGAGAAAACAACAAGAAGAACCAGUAAUGAGUCAAUUCGUUGGAAGAAAACAACAACCACCAGAACAAGCAAUGCCUGAAUACACAUUCGAUAAGAAUGGAAGAAGGAGAAGAGUUCAACAGGCUGAACCUGUAGGUGAUAAUUACACAAUCGACAGAUAUGGAAGAAGAAAGAGAGUUCAGAAAGAAGAACCUGUCCAAAGUGGUCCUCAUUACAGAAGAAGAGAAGCAAUUCCUGAUAACAUGCUGAAAUUCUCAGGAUUCGACAGCAGAAUGAGACACAAACAACAACCAGAAGAACCUGUUGUGAACAGAGACAGAAGACGAAACAAAUUUAAAUUUAAGCAAGAACCAGAGAUACACAAAGAAGAAGAAUCUUUCUACGAAGAAGAAGAAAUCUACGUCAUGGAAGAAGACAAUCAGGAACCUUUGGAACCAGAAGUUGAUGACUUAAACAUUGCAGCAGAAACUGAUGAAAAAGUAGAAGAAAAACAAAUUGAAGCUGAACAAGAAAAGAAAGAAGAGGUCAUCGAAGAAAAGAAAGAAAUGGUUGAAGAAAAGAAAGAAGAAACGGUUGAAGAGCAGAAAGAUGUUGUUGAAGAAGAAAAGAAAGCAGAUAUUAAAGAAAUGACAGAAACAUUUGAAGAGAAGAAAGAAGCUGCAGAGGAAAAGAAAGCUGAGGCUGUUGAAGAACAGAAACAAGGUGAAACCGUUGAAGAAAAUAAAGAAGCUGUUGAAGAAAAGAAAGUUGAGGAAGUUCAGGAAGAAACUAAUAAAGAAAAUGUUGAAGUCAAGGAAGAGAAGAAACAAAACGAAAUUGAGGAAGAAGAGAAAGAAGUAACUCAAGAAAAAGAAACAUCAAAUAAAUCUGAUUCCAAAGAAGAAAUUCAAGAUGAACAAAAAGUUUCUGAAGAGAAAGAAACUGAAGAAAUCAAAGAAGAGAAGAAAGAAUCAGAAACUAAAGAAGAAAUCAAAGUUGAAGAGAAACAGAAUGAAGAAGUUAAAGAAGAGAAGCCAGCAGAAAUUCUACCUGAAAAAGAAGAACAAGUGGAAGAAGUAAAGACUGAAACUAAACUUCAAGAAAUUGUUUCUACAAAAGAAAAUGAAACAGAAGAAACUGAAUCUAAAGCUGAAAAUCAAGCUCCAAUUGAAGAUAAAGAAGAACCAGUUAAAGCUGAAAUUUCUCAAGAAGUUACUAUUUCUAAAGAAGAACAAAAAGAUUUGGUUGAAGUAACUAAUGAAAUCAAUGAAGAAGAAAAAGUUGAAAUUCCUAAAGAAGAAAUUGUUUCUAAAGAACCAGAAGAAAAAGUCAAUAUAAUCGAAACACCAGCAGAAGACGUCAAAGAUGAAACUUCUAAAGAAGAAACUACUUUGGAAGAAACAAAUAUUGAGGCUCAAGCAGAAGAAGUCAAAGAAGAAACUCCAGAAGAAAAGAUUGAAUUAGAUGAAGCUCCAGAAGAAAUUAAUGAUGAAACUUCUAAAGAAGAAACUACUUUGGAAGAAACAAAUAUUGAGGCUCAAGCAGAAGAAGUCAAAGAAGAAACUCCAGAAGAAAAGAUUGAAUUAGAUGAAGCUCCAGAAGAAAUUAAUGAUGAAACUUCUAAAGAAGAAACCAAAGUUGAGAUUCAAGAAGAAAUUAAAGAAGAAAAUCCAGAAGAAGUCAAAGAAAUUGAAGAAGUUAAAGAAGAGGAGGAAGAGAUUGAGGAAGAGGAAAUUGACAUUGAUUUACUUACAUCUUUAGCAAAUCAAGUUGCAGGAAUGAAUGCUUUAGAUGAGGAUAGUUUGAGUGAUUUCCUUGAUGAUGAUGACGAAAUCACCAAACCAAAGAAAUCAGAAAAAUUCGAAACUUAUGAUGAAUUCAUUCAGAAACAAAACUUAGAAAUUGAUUCUGAUUUAGAACUUCCUUCGAAACAAAUCUAUGAAACAAAAAUUGAUUCUGAUGAUGAAAUUCUUCCUGCAAAGAAAGGACAAAAAUUAGAAAUUGAAGAUGAAAUUCAAAAGAAAGAAGAGCUUCCACAACAAGAAAUAAAGAAAGAAGAAAUCGAAUCAGAUGAUGACAUUCUUCCACCACAACCUCCAAAAGAAACAAAGAAUGAUAUUAUUCCUCAGACAAACGAAGAAACAAUUGAAGAAAUUCCACUUCAAACAAAGAAUGAACCAAAUGAAAUUCAAAAGAUUGAAGAAGAAAAGAAUGAGGUCAAGGAAGAACUUCCAUCUAAGACUGAAGUUAAAGAAAUUCCACAAACUAAGGAAGAAGAACAAAAGAAAGAAUCAAAUGAAGAAAUGCAAAAGAAGGAGACAGAGUUUGAGUCAGAUGAUGAUUACAACAUCGAUGAUGACGAAAAUAUUGAAGAUAUCUAUGAAGAUGAACAAGUAAAGAAACCAGAUGUUGAAGAAGAGAAAAAGAAGGAAGAUCAGCCAGUUCUAGAACUCAAAGAAGUUCCUUCAAUUCAACAAAUUUCUAAAGAACAAAACAUUCCUUUAGAAGUAGAAACAAUUGAUGCAAAACGAAAACAAGAAUCAGAAUACGAAGAAGAAGAGGAAUAUUACUACGAGGAAGAUGAAGAAGAAGAUUACUACGAAUAUUACGAAGAGGAAGAAGAAAUCAUUGAAAAAACUCUCAAAAAAGAUGUCCAAAAACAAGAAGAAAAAGAAGAAAAAAGUCCGAAACUCAACAUCGAUAACCUCAAAACAGAAAUCACAAAGAUAAAAGAGAGUCAUCAGAAGACAUUAAACAUGCAAAAUCCAAGAACUUCUACUUUAGUUGUUGUAAACAACGAUGAUGACAAGAAUUUGGUCGAAGAAAUUCCUAAAAAGGCAGUUGUUGUCGAGAUAAAGAACAAACCACUAGAAAUAACUCUUCCUGUUCCUCCAAAGAAAGAAGAACCUCCUGUUAAAAUCGAUGUUCAAAAACCAAAAGAUCAAAUUCUUCAUCAAAAACCUCUUAAAACUCAAUCUAAAAGUGAAGUGGCCAAAUCAAAGAAGAAGAGGCAGCAAAGACCAGCUCUCUUGAUCAGCCACGAUCCGGAUGAUCCAAACUAUGAUCCUCUUGAAUUCUUGAAGUCUUUGAAUUCAAAACUGGCAGCUGACAAGCCGCCAAAAACCGCUUCCAGACGAAAACAUGUUGACAAACCAGUAGAAGUUUUAGAGGACGAACUUAUACAAAAAGGCAAAGUUAGAGUUCGCAAACAGAAAGUUAUCAUCAAAUUAGGUUCUAAAGCGCAACUUCCUCUUCCAGAAGUUGCAGAGAAAUUACAUGAAAGAAGGAAGAGAAGAAGCAAAUUUGUUACGAGAUCAGGACAAAGAAUCCAAAGAUCAAGGAAUGUUUCUCAUUCCCAAGAUCAAUUUGAAGAAGAAAUUGAACAAAAUGAUGAACAAAUUGUUAAUAAUGUUCUUGAAGAAACUAAACAACCAGAAGAAGUUAAACAACAAACAACAAAUAUUCAAACAGAAGAAAAACAACAGCAGAAACAAAGUAAAAAGAAGAAAGAUGAUAAAUUCGCUGUUUGGAGACCAAACAACCAAGAACAAACUGCUAAAGAACAAGAAGAGAAAUCUCCGCCACAAAAGAAGAAGAAAGAUAACAAAUUCGCUGUUUAUAGACCUCAGCAACAGAAAACAGAAGAAACUCCUCAAAAACAAGAAGAAAAAGCUCAAAUUUCCGAAGAAAAAACUCAACAGAAAUCAGAAGAUGUCGAUGAAUAUAAUAUUUUGAUUUCUGAGGCUCAAUGGGAAGAUGAUACUGCAGAAAUUUAUCUCAGCCACUUCAGAAGACCUUACAGAACAAGGCCAAGAGGUGGAAAACAUUGA